UUAACCCAUCUUUCAUGUUAAACCAACUUCUUCUAUUAAAACCCCAUUAUUAUUUAUUAUUAUUUUCAUAACUAUAUAAAUAAAUAAUACACUCUCUUCACUAACUUACUCUUACAAUUUUCCCACCAACAUAAACCACCAAAAAUGGCCCCUGCAUCAUUCAUCCCCAUUUCAAACACAGUAUGUGUUAUGGAUGCGUCCGGUUCACUCGGUUCGAGUCUCGUAAACCGGCUUCUUCAACGUGGUUACAUUGUUCAUGCCGCGGUUCAACCUCACGGUGAAGUGAAGGGAUUGGAGGGGUUAAGUGAUGAUGAUGGAAAAGAAAGGUUGAAGAUAUUUGAUUGUGAUGUGUUUGAUUAUCAUAGUAUACUUGAUGUUUUGAAGGGUUGCUCUGCUUUGUUCUAUAACUUUGAACUUCCUUUUGAUCAACCUGUCUAUGAUGAAUAUACAGUGGAUACGGAAGUAAGAGCGGCACACAAUGUGUUAGAAGCGUGUGCGCAGAUUGACACAAUUGACAAAGUUGUUUUCACGUCAUCGGCAGCAACCAUUCUCUGGAGAGAAAAUCGCCAGAUGAUGUCAGAACUCGACGAGAGGCACUGGAGUGAUGUGGGAUAUUGUCGUAAAUUUAAGUUAUGGCAUGCAUUGUCAAAGACUUUAGCCGAGAAGAGUGCAUGGGCAUUGGCAAUGGACCGUGGGAUUAGCAUGGUAACAAUCAACGGUGGAUUGUUGGUGUCUGAUCUUUCCAUAAGACACCCUUACUUAAAAGGAGCGGCUGAGAUGUACCAAGAUGGAGUAUUAGUGACCGUUGAUUUGAACUUCUUGGUUGAUGCCCACAUUUGUGUUUUUGAAGACAUUUCAACUUAUGGACGAUACUUAUGCUUUAAUCACGUCGUUAAUCGCCCUGAAAGCGCGAUUAAGCUCGCUAAGAUCUUGUUGCCCUCGGCACCCGUACAAGCCCAAAGUUUUCAAGAGGACGACAAAACGAUUCAACAAAGGAUUACCAACAAGAAGUUGAAGAAAUUGAUCAUGGAAUUUGAAUCUCAUCAUGAUGAUCAAGAUAUCAACUUAUAAUUCAAAGUUUUACUUACCUUGAAAGCAUAACAAAAUACCAAAGCGCAAGCUGCUCCAUUCUUUCGUUAAAUAAAAGAAGUGUCAUACAAUAUGUUGUAAAUAAAUAUCUAUACAUAAUUAGAUAUAGAUAAAUUAUAACAUGCGGCGACAAGAUGAUGAUGAUACAUACACUUAUUAAUUAGCAAUAUAUUAUAAAAGGAGGUAUCUUUGUACGUACUUGUAGAUUUUAACACAUACGUAUAUGUAGUAGUAGUUUUCAUAUGAUAUAAAUGCGCAAUAGUUGUAAUGUAAUAUAUCACAUGAUAGUUAUAUGUUGUACGGGGUAUUA